GCCUGUCACUGGAGAAAUAUGGCUAACAAUGAUUCUCUUGAGCAGAACCAAAAUCCUUGCUCAGCCAUCAACAACAGCAUCCCUUUGAUACAGGACAAGCUCCCCUCACUCACCUUAUCUGGGAAGAUCCGAGUAACAGUGACGUUCUUCCUUUUUCUCCUGUCCACCGUCUUUAAUGCGUCUUUCUUAUUGAAGCUGCAGAAGUGGACUCAGAAGAGGGAGAAAGGGAAAAAGCUCUCCAGAAUGAAGGUGCUCUUAAAGCAUUUGACCUUAGCCAACCUGCUGGAGACUCUGAUUGUCAUGCCAUUGGAUGGCAUGUGGAACAUCACAGUACAGUGGUAUGCUGGGGAGUUCCUCUGCAAAGUUCUCAGCUACCUGAAGCUCUUCUCUAUGUAUGCCCCAGCCUUCAUGAUGGCAGUGAUUAGCCUGGACCGCUCCCUGGCCAUUACUCGGCCCUUUGCUGUACAAAGCAACAGCAAGCUUGAACAGUCCAUGAUCGGCCUAGCCUGGAUGCUCAGUAUUGUGUUUGCAGGACCACAGUUAUAUAUCUUCAGGAUGAUCUACCUCGAAGAUGGCUCUGGGCAAGCAGAAGUUUUCUCUCAAUGUGUGACACACUGCAGUUUCCCACAAUGGUGGCACCAAGCGUUUUACAACUUCUUCACCUUCAGCUGCCUCUUCAUUUUCCCUCUUCUCAUCAUGCUGAUCUGCAAUGCCAAAAUCAUCUUCACCCUCACACAGGUCCUUCAUCAAAAUCCACACAAACUACAGCUGAAUCAAUCCAAGACUAACAUCCCAAGAGCACGGCUGAGAACUCUGAAGAUGACAGUCGCCUUUGCCACCUCAUUUAUUGUCUGCUGGACUCCCUACUAUGUCCUAGGAAUUUGGUACUGGUUUGAUCCGGAAAUGUUAAACAGAGUUUCAGAGCCUGUUAAUCACUUCUUCUUUCUCUUCGCUUUUCUGAACCCAUGCUCUGACCCACUUAUAUAUGGGUACUUCUCUUUGUAA